UUUUGGGGAAGUAAAAUUAUGAGGGAGGGAAUCGAAAACAGAUGAUGCCAAGCCAAUCUGACAAAGCAAUCGCCUCAAUACUCACGACAAUCCGAUGAUGCAAUUCUCUCACUACCUCCUUCCAUUACCACUUUCCACUCCCCCUGCACAAGAACCUCUCCCGCCAUUCUCCGCCGGCAUUCUCCGGCGCCUCCUAUGACCCAGAAUCGCUCGUCGCAAUCUCGAACCCGGAAUCCGAACACCAACGGAGGUGCAGACAUGAGGCUUGUAGUGCCCUUACAAGGCGUAGUUCAGGGGCGUGGCGGCCUCAUACUCGGUUCCCUAAUACCCUGUGCCUUAUUCUACUUCCUUCAGUUCUACCUUAAACGACAUCGUUCACCUCCUUCUCCGCCAUCCUCCGACGCCGCUCCCGAGGCGGGGAUUCCAAGAACUACUUCUCGCUCUAAUCUGUCGUCCCGCGGAUCCAUUGGUCGCCCUUACAUCUCUUCUAGAGCUGACCCGGUUGCGAAGCCAACAGAUUCACCUUAUUAUAUUGGAUUGGAAAGGACUUCUGAAGAUGCUUACGAUGAUGUUGAGAACCCAGAUGGAAUCAUUCAGCUGGGAUUGUCUGAGAAUAGAUUGUCGUUAGAUUUGAUCGAGAAUUGGGUUUCGAUGAAUUGGAAUGAUUAUGUCUCUGGUGAAGUGAGUGACGAUGGCUUUAUCAUUAAUGGGAUAGCGACCUAUCAUCCAUUUGAUGGGUUAUGGGAGCUCAAAGUGGCCAUAGCAGGUUUUAUGUCAAAGGUCAUGGGAGUAUCAUCAUCAGUCAAUUUUGACCCAUCAAGAAUAGUAUUAACUGCUGGUGCAACUCCUGCUCUUGAGAUUCUUUGCUUUUGCUUGGCUGACCAUGGAAAUGCUUUUCUUGUUCCAACACCUUACUACCCUGGGUUUGACCGGGAUAUGAAAUGGCGAACUGGGGUGGAUUUAAUACCUGUUCACUGUCGAAGCUCAGAAAACUUUGCCUUAAGCAUAACAGCCCUUGAUCAAGCAUUCCAUCAAGCAAGGAAAAGAGGCCAAAGAGUUCGAGGAAUCCUCAUCUCAAACCCAUCUAACCCUGUUGGCACUGUCCUUUCCCGGGAAAUGCUUUGCUGUUUGCUUGACUUUGCCCGCGAGAAGAAUAUUCAUAUCAUAUCUGACGAGAUUUUCGCAGGCUCAAUGCACGGAAGUGAAGAAGAGUUCACGAGCAUGGCUGAAAUCCUCGAAUCUGAUGAAUUCGAUAAGGACCGCGUUCACAUAAUAUAUGGUUUGUCAAAAGACCUAUGCCUUCCCGGGUUCAGAACAGGUGUGAUCUAUUCAUGGAAUGAGAAUGUCACGAUUGCUUCAAAACGUCUGGCUAGAUUUUGUUCGAUUUCAGUUCCGACUCAAAAACUUUUGGUUGCAAUUCUCUCGGACGUGGAUUUCAUGCAAACUUAUAUUGCCACCAACAGAAAAAGGAUUCGGUCCAUGUAUGAAUUGUUUGUGGCUGGUUUGAAAAAAUUGGGGAUUCCAUGUGUAAAGAGUUGCGGGGGUUUGUAUUGCUGGGCUGAUAUGAGUAGUUUCAUUCGUUCUCAUAAUGAGAAAGGUGAGCUUGAAUUAUGGGAGAAGCUUUUAAAUAUUGGGAAAGUUAAUGUAACUCCUGGUUCGUCUUGUCACUGUAUCGAACCGGGGUGGUUUAGGUGCUGUUUUACUACUUUAUCCGAGAAGGAUAAUCACAUAGUCUUGGAGCGAAUAAGGAAAGUAAUUGAACUUUGAAAAUGUUGGUUUGUGAUUCAAGUUUUAUUAGGAAAGCUGUAUUUUUGUGAAAAGAAUUUCAGAGAAAUAGAAAAUUCAAUAGCCCAUUUGUGCAAA